UCGUGACUUGCACAGACUCGCACCAGUUCGAAAAGUGCGAAUCGUUUAUUGGACCGCAAAACGCAACAAAUUUAUUUGAAUGUUGAUAUAGUCGCGGCAGACACUAAGCAGAAGAGUAAAAAGUAAAACACCCCAAAACAGAUUCCAUUUCAAUGAUACUGCGAACAAGUCUCUGUGUGCUUGGUCUGCUUUGGUUGACGCUACUGCAGGCUCAAGUGGAGGGCAAGGAUGAGGAUUAUGGCGGCGAUAGCGGCGACAUGGCCAGUGGCGGCAGCAGUGCUGACAUCUACGAGCCAACGCAACAGGAGAGCGAUACCGAGGCGGAAACCCAACAGCAUCGCAAUAGCAUCGAUGACGAUGAGGGUCCACUGCACGCUCAGAUUGUGAACGACCUGCUGUCCCUGGAGCAGCUGUCGACCACAGAAAAAAUGGUGGUUGCUGACACCGAGGCGCCUCCUAUCCCGCCAACAACUGCAGCUGCUGAGCCGGCUCAAACUGCGGAGUUCGAUGAGAAUACAGCGGCUGAGGUAAUGGAGGAUGCACCCACACAGAAAAAAGAGACGAAAGUCAUGAAGCCAGUAGUUAAGAGUUCUCAUCAGGACUACUACGAUGAGAUGACGGAUGAGAAGCAGCCCGAAGAGCAGCAACCACCGGAUGAACAGCGCAAGGAGCUAGCCACCACAACCACAGUGCCCGAUUAUGUGCGCAAAGCCAAGGCGGAAAGAUAUCCCCAUGUGAAUAGCGGCGACUAUGCUGAAGAGGAUAUGACAGUGGAGCAGCAGACGCAGCGCAUUAGCAAAUCCAAAGCGCAGGACGAGGAUAUGAUCUAUCAAGAUGAGCCGGCACAGCCACAGGCGCAUAUCCAACAGCUUCCCAAACAAUACAGAGCUAAGCCUUUCAAGUCCAGCUCCGAUGAGGACUACUAUGAGGAUCAGGUGGACAACGUGGACAGCGUGGAGCGACGAACCACAACACAAGCAACGACAACAACAACUAUCGAGGCCCUACUGCCCGUGCUGCAGUCGCGAUUCGGUGGCUUCGCUGGCUUUGGUGGUUGGCCCAUUGGCUCAACGCCCAGCGCAGUGCCAACUGAUGGUCCGCCAGUGGUUUUCACAACACCAAUAACCACAACACCAGCAACGUCGACAACCUCAGCAACGACAACAACAGCAGCAACAACGACGACAACAUCAACAAUAACGACGACGACAACAACGCCGGCGCCACGCAAGCAAUCGAAGCACAUUCAUCUUGCCAAGCCGGAAUUGCUGCCCGCCGAUCAGCUGCGCAACUACAUCAAGGAUGCGUACAUACGGAUGCCAUUGGCAGUGAUUGUGGAUCCAUCGGCGGCAUCACUGGAUCAGGCCAAACGCCUGUACAUUGAUGCGCUGCAGGACAAGAAUAUCAACAUCAAAAUUGUGCUCGUCACGCUGAAUGAGUCCGGUGUGCCAUCCGCAUUCAGUUUCAACAACACGCGCGAGUUCAUUGCGGGCCUCAACAGCACCAAAGAGCACGAGGGCGGCAAUGCGUUUGUGGGCGUGUUACAGGCCGCUGAACUGGUGCCCUACGACAGCGCCAUAUUUAUCUCAACAGCUGCAAUACCGCCACACACCGAAAUGGUCCAGGAUGCGGCAAUAACACUACUAAAGAAGCGAAUACGCUUGUUUAUGCUGUGGUACGGUGAGCGCUCAGCAACCGAGAAUGAAACCGAAGAGGCUGUGGGUGGCAUUUUGGGCGAGGUGGCCAUACGCUCGGGCGGCGAAAUCAUACACAUCGUGAGCACAGAGCAUGGACAGCAUAUAGCGGGCAAUACGCUGACGCUCGUUUCGGAUGCGUAUCAGGGUGCCCAGGAGCUGGAUCUGCCCGUGGACACGACGCUAUCGAGUCUGCAUGUGCACAUCGAUGCCAAUAUGCGUCGUGCCACACUGGCAACGCCCAAUGGUGAAAUCAACUUGAAGAAACUGGUUAAAUUCAAGUCAACCAACGAUACACGAAAUACCAACAACGACGAACUAGACGCCUACGUACCGCUCAACAAACUGCGCAAAGCGACAAUCCUCAGGUUGCAAUUAACGCCACAAUUGCCCAAUGUCGAAUACAAUGUUUUUGUACGCGCCGAACGCAAAGCUGAUGUUUUUCUGGGUGAAAUCAUUAAGCGCAUCGAUAGCUACUAUUCUUAUGGACGCACUGAACGCCCUGUCGUGCCACAGACACGCCUGGCCAAGCUGAAGUUUCCGGAGACAAAGGAGAAGCUGGAGAAUGAAGUGGAUUCGCCCAAGAGCGAAGUGGAAACCUUUUCCGAAACGGAGUUGGUGCAGCCAGCGACGAGUCUCAAUCAGACGCAAUUUGCGGCUGCCACCGGGGAACGUGCCAACUUGAAUGCCAUGUUGCUGCAACGUUGUGGCACCAAAAUUGAGCUGAGCACGCAAUCCGAGCUGCUGGCAACGCCCGGCCAGGUAUCCACGCUGCUCUUCGAGGUGACGAAUAUGCGUCCGGAGCGCGUCUAUCAAACGGUGCAGGUAACAGACGAGCGACGCUUCCUCGCCCAGCUCAAUCCAACGAGUUUCUAUUUGCGGGCACGCGAGACGAACACUGUGCGUCUGACUGUACUCGUGCCUUCUGGCACACCACCGGGCACAACGGACAGAAUUAGUUUUACCAGCUAUGGCAGCGAAACGGCCACAUUGGCGGUUAGCGUGAAAGCCGUCUCCAGCUUUGAUGCCCAGGAUUCCACUGGACCCAACUUGUCCUGGGAGUUUGGCAAUCGAUGCAACUACAUCUCGAACGAUGGCCAGGGAUGUGGCGAUCGCUUUUGGACUUUAGACAUUACGGCACAGGAUUGGCAGUCGGGCAUGCUGCGUUUGCAGACGACUCCGCCGGAGGGUCUCUUCUAUCGCAACUAUUACACGGCAGGCACCACCGAACCCCUCAAGGCCACCUACAUGGCAUCCUGCUGUGAACCCAAAAUGGCCAUCACCGCCUUCGAUGCGGCGGGCAAUCAGCGCAGCAUUAAUAUCGAUGUGAGAGAUGUUGUCCUCACGGAGGCAGCAAUUGCAGCCAUCUGUCUGGGCUCAAUUCUGUUGCUGCUGCUGAUUGUGCUGCUCGUGUGGAGCAUUGUGUGGUGUUGCAAGCGACGCAAGGUGUCCCUGGAGCUGCCCACCUAUCGUUCCCACUCCACGCGGAGCAUGGAAUAGUUUUAGAGCAUUUUGAAAAGAUAUUGUGCCAAAAAUAUGAUAACAGCCUCAACAAUGAAAUUUAAGCAGUGCCCAAUAAAAAUACAGUAGUCACUCGAAAGUGUAAACUUUAAGAAAACCAUAA